AUGGAAGCUCCACUAUGUCGAGCUACUAUGCGGAUCUGCCUGAUACGGUCCCGUAUAUCGCGUCAAUCACGAAGCUCAAGCACAUCUACAUCACCUCCAUUUCACGUUUGUGUCGUUGGAAGCGGCCCAGCUGGCUUCUAUACCACCCAACAUCUACUCAAAAACAUUCCAAAUGUCCAAAUCAACAUGCUCGAAGCCCUUCCCGUGCCUUAUGGGCUUAUUCGUUACGGCGUCGCUCCUGAUCAUCCCGAAGUCAAGAAUGUCAUCCACAAGUUUGAAACAAUCGCUCAGGACCCACGCUUCCAAUUCCUCGGAAACGUGGCUCUAGAUCGUGAUGUAUCCCUCAUAGACCUCAGAUCGCACUUCCAUGCUAUCGUUCUCGCUUAUGGUGCUGCAAAGGACCGCAAACUAAACAUUCCCGGUGAAGACUCUACUCAAGGUGUAUUUGGCGCAAGAGCAUUCGUGGGCUGGUAUAAUGGAUUGCCAGAGUACCAAAACUUGCCCGUCAAUCUGGCUAGUACAAAGCAGGUCACUGUGGUCGGGAAUGGAAAUGUAGCAUUGGAUGUAGCUAGGGUGUUGCUGUCUGAUCCGGAACGAUUGGCCAAGACGGAUAUAGCCGAACAUGCACUGAUGCAGUUGAGGAAGAGUCAGGUGCAGAGAGUCGUGUUGUUGGGACGGCGUGGACCUGUUCAGGUCGCAUUCACCGCCAAAGAAUUACGAGAAAUAUUCUCUCUCCCUGAAUUCAAAAUAGAAGCAGAUUGGAAGUUUAUUCAAUCUCAGAUAUCUGCUGCUGCACCACAUCUAGAUCGAUCAAAGAAGAGACUCAUGGAAAUCUUCCUCAAACAUGCUUCCACAUCAUCAUCAUCCGCUACCACUCCAGAAAUACCGUCAUCACCUAAUACCCCACAGAAACGUGUUUUAGAAUUCAAAUUCGCAUCGAGUCCUUCUAGAGUCUUGUCAACACCAGAUAAUGUAUUGACUGGACUAGAAGUCGAGGUGAAUUCUCUUCAGACUGUUGAAGGGAGCAAUGAAGUGAAGGCUAAACCAACAGGUGUCAAACAUGUAAUACCAUCUCAGCUGUUGGUUAGGAGUAUAGGGUAUCAGUCUAUGGCAGCCAAAGGGUUGCCAUUUGAUGAUAGAAAGGGUGUUGUGCCGAAUGACAAGGGACGUGUGCCGAUACCAGAUAUCGUUGAAGGCGUGUACGUCGCAGGAUGGCUAAAACGUGGUCCAACAGGUGUCAUUGUGGCCACAAUGUACGAUGCUAUAGAAACAGCAGACACUGUAACUGCUGAUGCAGCAUCUCUCUUGUCAUCACCACAACAAGAUUUCAAAACUGGAUUACAGGGGUUAAAAGAUUAUCUGGAAAAGACUGGUGCCAAACCAGUCUACUUUGAUGGAUGGAAGUCGAUUGAUUCCGCAGAGCAGCAUGCUGGGUUGGAGAAGGGGAAGCCUAGAGAGAAGAUUGUGAAUGUGGAUAAUAUGUUGAGGCAGAGUAGGAAUACAUCGUCAUAG